UUGAUCAUGCCAUUUAUAACUGUGUGAUCUUGGACAAAUUGCUUUUCCUCUGAUCUUCCCAAAGCUAACUCCUUCCUCCUUUAGUUCCGGGCUUCAAUGGUAGUCCUCAGAAAUUCCUCUCUGGCCACGCUACCUAAAGUAGCUCAGGCACUCUCACAUCUCCCUGUUGAUCUGGGUAUAGAGUACCAUGUGAUAUCCUCUUGUCUGUGUAUUCAUUUUCUUAUUAAUUAUCUGUAUCCCUCACUUGUUAAGCUUGACGACCCUAGUUCUAGCAUCCGAGACCAUAACUGAGAGUGGUUAUCAGUUGUUGUUUCAGGUACUACAGAUACCGGGACCAUUAACUGACAAGAGAUUCAUUUGUUGGAUGAAUGUCUGAGGAUGACAGCUCCUGCCACCUUCAGGGAUCUCACAGUGAGAUGGAAGGAAACAGAAGUAAACAGACAGCAGAGUAUAUAAUAAGUAUUGUGAUAAAGGAAGCACAGCAGAGAGGUGGAAUGUCCCACCUGGAUUUCAGGAAGGACCUAGAAUAAAAAUCGAAGUUGAGGCUUGAGGAAUCAGUAGGACUUAGCAAAAUGAUUUGGGGAGGAAAUGCUCCAUGUGGUAGGAAGUGUUUAGGUCAAGGUGCUUAGGUGUUAGAGAGCUUGGUGCUUUGUGAAAACUGGGAGAAAUGUGGAACCUGCUACUUCCUCUUCUAUCUGUUGCAGAGGGACCUGCUAAGCACUGCUUACUCGGGUCUGAUAGGCACUGUAUCCCUUCUCUCUGACUCCUCCUUUCUACAUGCUCAGUAUUGUUUGCUGUUUUUCUUCUUCCAGUUGAAGGAAAAAUUAGCAUUCUUGAAAAGGGAAUACAGCAAGACACUGGCCCGCCUUCAGCGUGCCCAAAGAGCUGAGAAGGUUAAGAAUUCUGUUAAGAAAACAGUGGAAGAACAUGAUUGCUUGCUCCAGCAGGAAAUUUCACCACAGCCGAACCACUCAGAACAUAAAAAUAAAAGAUCUCCUUAUGACACAUUACAAAUCAACACCCAUAUGGAUGAAGAAACUGGAGAAAAGACACCUAUCACACUUGACGUUGAACCUGAGUCCUUCAACCCUGGACAUGGCCCUGUGGAGGAACUACAUAUACAAAGAACAGGUGAUAUCCAGGAACAUUUUCCCUACCAGGUCAGUGGCUCUGGUGCUGAGAAAAGGCAGAGUAAGCUUCCAGGGAGAAGAAAAAAGCAGCAGAAGAGAACAUAUACUGCAGAGGCAGGAGAAUCUUUCUUUGACGCGGAUUCAUUCCUACUCUCUGAGAAAAGACUAAAGAAACAGGAGGAAAUCAAUAGAGAAAAUCCUAGGACACCUGUAAAUGAAAGAACUUGUCGUUCAGGUUCUACGUCUGACAUUCCUGGUUCUCCAGAACCAGUGACAGAAACUAACGUAAGGGGUAUAUUAAUUCCACCAACUGCCAAACCACAAAGAGGUGUCAGUGCUCUAAUAGGAGGAAAUAAUUUCUCCAGGGUUCCUACGGUUGCUUCAUUUACUCUGUCAAAUAGCAGUAGUGGUCAGCACCUUGAACAUAAGCCUCCUAAAGGUGACUGUGAACUCACUCCUCACAAUAUAAAAAACAUUAACCCUGCUUCACCUGUAAACCUAGAGGCACAAGGCAGAAGCAUGACGGUCUCUACAGAUAACUCAGAGGUAAACAAAGCUGUAAGUGCAAGUGGCCAGCUGCCUAGAAGUCCUGACUUAGAGGCAGAUAAUUCAUACUCUGUAAAUGAACUCAUUUAUGGUAACUUACCAGCAAAUGAAAACCAAAACUUAAAAGGACAGAAUCACACAGAGGAGUCUUUACCAUCUCCCCAUAACACUCUUGAAUGUAGAAAUGAAAGUCUUCAGGAAAGUGAGGUUUUAAGUCAAUCUACGAGUCUUAGCCCAGAAGUAAUCUCCCCUGCUUCUGCAGAAGGUCAAACACAUUCUUGUACAAUGGUCGAAGGCCUUCUGUUUCCCGCAGAGUAUUACGUUAGAACGACACGACGCAUGUCAAACUGCCAGAGGAAAGUAGCCCUGCAGGCUGUCAUUCAGAGGCAUUUGGGUGUCAGAAAGAAAGGUUUUAAAAAUAAAAGUAAGGAGGAAACUAUAAAUUUAAACCUUUGCAGUGAAGAAACUGACCAGAGUGAAAUUAGGACAUCUGACACACACACAAGACAACUAAGUUCAAGAAAACCUGAGAAAUGUCUCUUGUUAACGGAGGUCAACUCUCCCACUGGGCCUACUGAAGCUAACCUUCCCAGGAAGGCAGUUACCCAGCCAUCUGGUAGAAGACACGGAGGAAAAAGAAAGACAGUUUCUCCACCUGUAUUAGAUCAUCAUCAACUACUUUUGCCAACUCCUGGCACAGCAGGUGUUCAUAGAUCCAAGGAAGAAGUCACCUUACACGAAGAUCUGGAUGAAAAAGCAAUUCAUCAUGGUAAAAAGAGAAUUAAAGGGAAGGACAAUCAUUGUCCAAAAGAGGACUCCCUUUCUUCCAGAAAUAAUGCUUAUCUAGCUUUGGAUUCUGCUGCGUUCACGGCUUCGUUUCAGGAGAAUGAAAUGCUGAGUUUAAAGCAACUGUCAUCUUUUCUCAAAACUACAGACUUUCAGUUACCCGAUGAAAUCUUUGGACCUCUUAAACUUGAAAAACUGAAGUCCUGUUCAGAAAAAACAGAAAAAGUUGAGCCUUUUGUAUCAAACAUAUAUGGACAGAAACACCUUAAGGAGGGAAACUGUAGUGUUUUAGAAGAACUGAGUCCUAAACAAAUCAAUAUUGAAAUGGAGGACUUGGAAGAGGAAAUUAUUGUUCUCCCGGGAAAAGCACAAGCUAAAACGUCAGACCUAACAAGUCCGUCUCAGAAGAAGGGCCUUUCUUCAUCUAUAUUACUUUACACGCCUUUAAAUACUGGUGCCCCUGAGGAUAAUAACAGGCCCACAGCAGAGAUGUGCUCGCCCACUUUCCCCAUCUUAGGCACUACUCCAGCUUUUGGCUCCCAAGCACACUGUGAAAAAGUGUGUUCAGAGGUUGGGCCAACUUGCUCUAAACCCCAGCUUCCUCACUUAGAAGACAGUGAUCGGAAACAAUGCGACGGUUGGGCCAGCCCAUCAAAAUCAGAUGGCAGCCUGGUUGUGUCAGGUAGAGGACAGCCUUCCUGUGACUGUGAUUCUGGUCCCCAGGCAACCCCUUUUCCCACCGGGUCAGUCACUCUCAAAGACAAUCAGCUGUGUGGAAAUACACACCCAGAGUCAUGGAAACAGAAUCCUUCCAGUUCCUGCUCGGUGGAUGUGAGUGCCACAUGGUGGGAAAUAGCAGGUUUCAAGGAGCCGUGUAUCAUAACUGCCUGUGAAUACGUGGUUUCUCUCUGGAAACCACUUGAUACUUGGCAGUGGGAAAAACUUUAUUCCUGGCAAUUCACAGAGGUUCCAGUAUUACAGAUAGUUCCAGUGCCUGAUGUUUGUAAUCUCGUGUGUGUGGCUUUGGGAAAUUUGGAAAUCAGAGAAAUCAGGGCAUUAAUUUGUUCCUCUGAUGGUAAACGUGAAAAGCAAGUACUACUGAGUUCUGGAAAUAUAAAAGCUGUGCUUGGCCUGACAGAGAGGAGGCUAGUCAGUAGCAGUGGGACCCUUUGUGACCAACAAGUAGAAAUCAUGACAUUUGCAGAAGAUGGAGGAAGCAAAGAAAAAAGAUUUUUGAUGUCCCCUGAAGAGACUGUACUAACUUUUGCUGAGGUCCAAGGGAUGCAGGAAGCUCUGCUUGGUACCACUAUAAUGAACAACAUUGUUAUUUGGAAUUUAAAAACUGGUCAGCUCCUGAAAAAGAUGCACAUUGGUGAUUCCUACCAAGCUUCUGUCUGUCACAAAGCCUAUUCUGAAAUGGGGCUCCUGUUCGUUGUUCUGAGCCAUCCUUGUGCCAAGGAGAGUGAGCCGCUGGGAAGCCCCGUGUUUCAGCUGAUCGUAAUUAACCCUAAGACAAGCCUGAGUGUGGGUGUGAUGCUGUACUGUCUUCCUCAAGGGCACGCUGGAAGGUUCCUGGAGGGGGAUGUGAAAGAUCAUUUUGCAGCCGCAGUAUUGACUUCUGGAACAAUUGCCAUUUGGGACUUACUUCUGGGUCACUGUACUGCUCUCCUCCCACCUGUCUCUGAUCAGCAUUGGUCUUUUGUGAAAUGGUCAGGUACAGAUUCCCAUUUGCUGGCUGGACAAAAAGAUGGAAAUAUAUUUGUGUACCACUACUAAUAAGAUAAGAUGAGAACACAGCAUUCUGGAUUUUUUGACCAGUUAGUACUUUUUAGAGUUGUAAUGUAAAGAAUAUCUGGGAGACAUUUAAAAUAAUUACUUAUAUUCAUUUAGACACAUUUUUUAUUCUGUUGGUAGUGGCACCACUGAUCUUGAAUGUUCAUUUAGAUUUACUUUGGGAGAAAUGAUUUUAGGCUGAUUUUUGUAAUUCCUCACAUCUGCACAUUUGCUUUUAAUGGUGUACAUAAAGCUUCGGAUAUUAAUAAAUAUUUA